AUGAAAGAAUUUCAGGUCUUUAUGCAAUUAUCACCAUUCUUUCGUAUGCUUCUUAUAUACACGAUCGGUAUGUUUGGUGGAGGACUAAUUGUCCACUUUUACUAUGUACAACAUGAAGAGGAUUUGUAUACAGCAGCACUGUUUGCAGCCAAGUCACCGAGAUUGACAGCAAACGAUAAUGCAUAUAAACAGUUGAUUGUUUCAAACGAUUCAAUACACGAACAUGCAUUACAACAUUUAGCCGAGGCAACGUUGGCCAACGUAUUGGCUAAACAAGUACGUGUGUUCUGUUGGAUACUAACAAUGCCAGCGAAUCAUAAAUCAAAAGCUGUUCAUGUGAAAGCUACGUGGGCUGGUCGAUGUAAUAACUAUUUAUUCAUUAGUAGUGAAACUGAUUCGCAUCUUCCUUCAAUAGCUGUUAUCAAUACUGAAGGUCGCAACUUAUUGUGGAAUAAAACAGCUGGAGCGAUAAAAUACAUGGCAAAACAUUAUGCUAAUGAUUACGAUUACUUCAUGAAGGCGGAUGAUGAUUCAUAUGUGAUUGUAGAGAAUCUGCGCAAAAUUUUACGUAAAGAAAAUCCCGAUAAACCAUUCAUCAUGGGCAGACGAUUCAAGCCAUUUAUUAAACAAGGAUAUAUGUCCGGUGGUGGAGGAUAUGUGCUAUCUCGAGCUGGUCUUUUGAAUAUCGCUAAUGGUUUAGAAAAUAAUACCGUUUGUCAAAGUAAUAAAUAUGCAUUAGAUGAAGAUGUGAAACUUGGAUCUUGUGCUGAAGCUACAAAUGUUUCAGUAAUUGAUAGUCUAGAUGCAGAAGGACGUGAAUGCUUUCAUCCGUUCUCUCCAUCACAUAUGCUCACAAAAAACGCAAACGGCUACCCAGAAUGGUACCUAAGGUAUAAUUACCACAGAAUAGAUACAGGAUUCGAUUGUUGCAGUGAUUAUGCUGUCUCAUUCCAUUAUAUUAGACCUGAAGAAAUGUAUCUCUAUGAAUAUAUGCUGUACCAUCUACAUCCUUAUGGGAUACAUCGAGAUUAUAUGGAUUUAAUGAAUUAUUUACAACAGAAUAGAAUUUCCUGA